AAAUUCAUAAACACUGGCUUCUACUGGAUCUGUUCAAGUGUUCACAUUCUGUUAUUGUUUGUUUACUCCGUCGUCUCUGGUUUUACGCGCACAUCAGCGAAAAUCUUAAUCUGAUUAGGGAUUAUUAUGUGAACACAAGUGCAUUUAUCUUUCACUGGAACUGUGAACGUCUAAAUAUAAACAUGAGUUGCAACUGUAGAACGGCUGACUGCUAAAUGUUUGCUAACAAGUUCUCGUGAUCUUUAAAGUUUGCAUAUAUCUUGCCAUAUUUCGAUUGCGGUGGGACUUUUCCGAUUGUUACAAUAAUUGGAUCGAGAAUGAAAACGACAUGAAAGGAAAAAUAUAGACAUAUUAUGUAAACGAACUGUGGCUGAUUACGGAUCGCAUGUCAGCAAUCAGGCAGACCCAUUUUAUACGGCUGCCACCGUCAUCAGUGUGGGAUGAGCAUUCGAGAUUUCCGCAGUGCCAACGGGAAAGCAGACAGCGAACAGUGAAGACUAUUAAAACAAACAAUCAUAUUACGAAUUAUUUCCAAAAAAGCUGUCAAUCCUGAGUAAGCAAACUUGACCCCACAGCUAGGAAGUAUACAUUGACCUUUAUGAAUUGAGUGAAUUAUACAGUGAGUUGAAAUUCCGUCAAGACAUGAGGUGAUGUGCCCUGUUCUUAUCAAUGAAUUUAUGAUGAAUACAUUGAAUUAGGUGCUUAUACAACAAUACCGCCAUCCACGUGGAAAACUGCAAGGCUGCUAAUCGAUAACAUUUAUUGAAUUUUUUUUUAAAGUUUUGUAAGCUAUGUGAGGUGAUGUGUGAUCGUUUGUAUCUGCAAAUAAAAUUGAACAGUGGUGAUUCUGGAAUACAUAGGACAUCAUCAAGCUAAAUAAAGUUAUUGACAAUUUGAAGAAAGAAUACACAAAUUCACCAUGAUCGGGAUCAAAUACCUCAACGAAGCCCAUUUGAAAGGGUUCGAGAAAUAUAAGUACAACUGCGUCGACACUAGUGUUCUCAGUGUCUAUGUGAUGCACCCAUUUUGGAACUGGCUGGUUCAAUAUUGCCCCCGAUGGAUAGCACCGAACCUGCUUACUUUUACCGGGUUCUUGCUGACCGUGGUAAACUUCUUCCUGAUAGGCUAUUAUGACUUCGGUUUCACGGCAGCCACAUUGGAACGAAACCCUAUUCCGGACUGGGUUUGGAUUCUGGCAGCGAUAAAUCUUUUCGUAGCAUACACCUUAGAUGGUAUUGAUGGGAAACAAGCUCGUCGGACAGGAACCAGUGGUCCGCUAGGUGAACUCUUCGACCAUGGCUUGGACUCGUACUCUACACUGCUGAUACCUGUGUACGUGUUCAGUCUGUUUGGACUAAAAGAUUUACCACCAAUUAGGAUGCAUUUUGUAAUGCUCAAUGCGUAUCUUAAUUUUUAUCUUUCACAUGCGGAAAAAUAUGUUACAGGUGUGAUGUUCUUGCCGUGGGGAUAUGACUUUGUUAUGUGGGGCGUCUCCCUAACACUAGCCAUCACGGGAAUUUUCGGGGCAGAUAUUUGGCAAAACACUGUUUUCGGUAUUAAGCCCUGCCUGAUUUUCGAAAUUACGUUAUACGUAUCUGGAUUGGUAACUAGUCAUCCAAUUAUUAUUUAUAAUGUUUACAAGUCCUACCAAAAUAAAACUGGCAAAAUGCGCCCUUUCAUGGAAGCGAUCCGACCGCUUAUUCCACUUUUUGGUCUGUUUGUAAUAAGUACAUUAUGGGCACUAUUCUCUCGAAACAGUAUUGUAAGCCUGGAGCCUCGUAUGUUUAUCGUUCUCAGCGGAACUACAUUCUCUAAUAUUAAUUGUCGACUAAUUGUAGCCCAAAUGACUGACACCCGGACAGACGCGUGGAAUGCCAUGCUCAAUCUAAUGGCACUUGCUACACUUGUGUGUAUCUUUCCCUAUGAGGUUUUCGGAAUAUCUAACCUGUGGGUUGUUUACGAACGAAAUAUCUUGUACGCUCUAGCUUUUGUGGUGACGGUAGGUCAUCUACACUAUGGCCAAGGAGUCGUCAGAGAAAUGUGCAGCCAUUUCCGAAUUAAAUGUUUCAAAGUAAGACCUGGUAGAGUAGAUCGCACUAACCUGAAUGAUAGGAACCCUAACAACAAUAACGUUGAUAGUGGCCGGAUUAGCCGACCAAAAUUGGCGUAGAUCUCUCUAUCGCUAACCUAACCAACUAAGCUAAACCGAUGUGAUUUUUAUGUUGUUUUGUAUGUUGUUAAGUCGACGGUUUUAAUAAAAUAUAUCGCCAAUUAUUUAUUUUACUUAGCUGAAAAGUUGUAUUUUGUAGCUGGCUUUAACAUAUACAUUUUAUUUUAAAAGCAUGUUCCAGUGUAGUAUUAUAAAGUCUAAAUGAAGGCAGUUUACUUUUAUUGUGAUAACAGUA